CGGCCGUACAACGUUAAGUACAAAAAGUCUGAAAUCUGCUGUCGCCUGAUUAGGUUCGCGGCAGUAUGAGGCGUGUAGAUGAGAAAGGGAACCAGCGGCGUUAUCAAAAAAUAGAGGCGAUUAAACCUAUCGCGUUCGCCUCUUUCAUGGGUGUCGCUCAGAGAGGUCCUUUGAAAACGUGCUCUAGUUGCACGAACAGUGGCAUCGGUGAUGACCUCUUUCUGCGCUUCGCCAUUUUGGGACUGGGACUAUACGUGGUACUCCGAAUAUCCAAGGCUUACGCCAUGCUUCGAGAAUACAGUCCUCGCCUACACGCCCGGGAUCUUUCUGGUGCUGUUUGGUCUGCUCCCUUGGCUUGUGGGACGCCGGAAAAAGCAAUCUCUCAACGGCGAACCACUCUCCUGGACUUUGCUGAGCCUUUCCAGAUUCGUCGUGAGCCUUUUGUUGACCCUCACCUACGGCUACUCGCUCGUCUACAAGCUGGCGUUUGAUUCAUCAUCCGGGUCAUCGGUGACGGCAGACCUUGUACACGCUGUUACCUUCGCCAUCGCCUUGAAAGUUCAGCAGAACACUCGACAAAAUGGACAAGGAUCCUCGAUGGUGCUAUUCUUCUUCUGGUUGAUGACUGUAGUCUGCCAGCUUCCCAAGUACUCCCGUCAUCUGCAAGAAGUCUUCGCAUCGGACAGUGACUUGACCGACGUCUCGAAAAUCGAGUUCGCUGUAUGCGCUACAAGUUAUCCAAUGAUACUCGUCCAGCUCUUCCUGUCGUGCUGGACAGACGCCAGACAAGACACGAGAAGACCUUACCUCACCGCUGCGCCCGUGUCCUUCAUUUUCAUGGGAUGGUUGUCACCCUUUAUCUUCAGAAGAGCACGAAACAGUGUUGAGCUUGAGGAUAUUUACAGCAUACCACCGGCCAUGACGACGCGGCGAAACCAUAGUAAGUGGAGUGAGCUUUGGAGCCACGAACUGAAUUCAGCUGGAUACGUACCUGGGGAGGGAUCAUAUGGUGUCUCUCGAGUGAUGCCUUCAAUAUUCCAUUCACUAUGGAAGGCGUAUUGGAAACCUGUAGUGAUGUCGUGCAUUCUUGCCACACUACGAGCUGUGCUAAGAGUAAUUCCAGCUCUUCUAUUGCAUCUCGUGACAGAUUACAUGGCCAAGAGCGAUCCUACAUGGAAAGGAGUUUUGUAUGCCGUCGGGAUAGUAAGCGCCAACUUUUGUUCGGGCAUUCUUGCUGUCCACAUCGACAGGAUACUGUCAUUUACUGGGCUAAAUGCGAAGACUGUCAUGGUGGCAGCAAUUUAUAGAAAGACACUUCGGCUUUCUAGCGAGUCCCAGAAAGUCUACACAAUCGGGGAGCUGAUCAACUUGAUUUCCGUUGAUGCCGAUCGGAUCUUCAAACUUAGUAUUACUUUUGGCUAUGUCGCCAGUGGAGUGCCGCUGAUAAUUAUUACGUUAAUAAUAUUGUGGCAGUACCUUGGAGUGGCUUGCCUCGCCGGCGUUGUUGUUAUGCUCGUUAUAAUGCCUGUAGUGGCCAUAGCGGUUAGCAUCGGGAACAAGUACCAGACGGCUCAAAUGAAGCUCAAAGACAAGAGGCUUAAUACGAUGGCAGAGAUGUUGAGCAGCGUGAAGGUCCUUAAGUUGUUUGCUUGGGAAAAUCUUUUUAUGGACAAAUGCUCAUCCGUACGCGUAGAGGAGAUGGGCCUGUUAAAAAAGUAUUCCUACCUGACCGCUCUUAGUUUCUUCAUUCUUACCUGUUCGUCUUCCAUGGUUGCCCUUGUUAGCUUUGUCACAUACGUUUUGAUCAGUGGCGAUCACGUGCUCGACGCUACGACCGCUUUCGUAUCUUUGACCCUGUUUAAUCAGAUGCAGUUCCCUAUGUUUAUUAUUCCAGACUUCGUUUCAAAUGCGGUUCAAACUAAUGUUUCCAUGAAGAGGAUUCGGAGGUUUCUGCUGUCUUCAGAGAUAGACGACUGUUCAGUGGGUCGACGUCCAGAUGAUGGUGAGGCCGUUUCAGUAAAAAAUGCAACGCUUUCCUGGUCAAAGGAGAGAUCCCCGGCCCUGAGAAACAUUAACCUCUCCAUUAAGAGAGGCCAGCUGAUCGCUAUCGUUGGGCCCGUGGGAUCUGGCAAGUCGUCUCUGCUUUCUGCAUUGUUGGGAAACCUCCGAGUUUGCUCAGGAACCAUAGAUUGCAUUGAAAGUAUAGCGUAUGCUCCCCAGUGUGCAUGGAUUCAGAACAAAACCAUACGAGAAAAUGUGCUCUUUACGAGUGCGUACGAUUUCGAACUGUACGACAUGGUUCUGAAAGCGUGUUGCCUUGAGAGAGACUUAGAAAUCCUUGCAGGGGGAGACAUGACAGAAAUCGGCGAAAGGGGGAUAAACUUAAGCGGCGGCCAAAAGCAGAGAGUUAGUCUUGCAAGAGCGGCUUACCAGAAGAAAGACCUGUAUCUUUUUGAUGAUCCGCUGAGUGCAGUUGAUGCUCAUGUAGGCGCUGCCCUUUUCAAGGACCUUAUCGGACCACGAGGAAUGCUGAAAGACACAACAAGAAUCUUAGUUACCCAUAACCUUUCGGUGCUCAGUGAAGUAGAUUACAUUCUCGUCAUGCAGGAAGGAUCGAUUGUUGAGUCUGGUACCUUUGAAGAUCUUCAACGCGAAGGAAGUGUCCUCUCAGGGUUGCUGAAGAGCUUUUCCAAGAGGGUUCGGAGAUUGACAGAAAAUGAGGAAACAUCUACAGAUUCGAACGAGGAGUCGGAAGUAGAGGAAGAGGAGCUGGGAACGAUCCUUGUGGAGAGGGAGAUUGUGGAGGAAGGUUCAAUCAGUCUCCAGGUAUACGGAACCUACAUAAAACACGCUGGACCUUUGCUGCUAUUGGUCGUUUUAUUUUAUGCGGUUUACAGAGCAGUCGGCGCAUACAUGGGCAUCUGGUUGAGUGAAUGGACAAAAGAUUCGCUGCUUCCAAGCGGCUUCCAGGACAUGUCUCUGCGUACUUUUAGAAUCGAGAUUUACAUUCUCCUCUGUGUAUGCACGGCGGUUGCAAAUUUUUUUGCAGUUGCAACGUUGUGGAAGGUAGCGCUCUCAGCCUCCACAACGCUUCACCAGCUGAUGCUUGACAGUGUUAUGAGGGCGCCUUUGUCAUUUUUUGACUCCACUCCCUCCGGGCGCUUAUUGAACCGUUUCGGCAAGGACGUUGAACAGCUAGAUGUCCAGCUUCCGACAGCAGCACAUUUCACUCUAGACUUUUUGUUGCUUUUUGCCUCAUCCGUUGUGCUCAUAUGUAUUAAUCUUCCCGUAUACAUUUUAAUUGUCAUCCCGGUUGUUGUAUUCUUGCUGGUCUUACGCCAGAUGUACGUAGUUCCAUUCCGUCAAGUUAAAAGACUAGAAACGGUCACCCGUUCUCCUGUCAACCAUCACUUUUCGGAAACCAUGACUGGCUUGAGCAGCGUCAGGGGCUACAGAGUUCAGCGGAUCUUCCUUCGCGACAACGACGAAAAGGUGGACACCAUGCAGAACUGUACUGUGAACGCACUUAAUUUUGAUUUCUGGAUAGAAGCCUGGAUGGAGGUGUCCAGUGAAGUGCUUCUGCUCUCGAUGCUCCUCCUCCUCGUCACCAACCGCGACAAUAUUGAUCCCGGAAUAGCGGCCCUUCUAGUAUCCUACAUGCUGAAUGCUAUCUCCCCGUUCAACUACCUUAUAUUUUACUCAACGGAACUAGAAGCAACCUUGGUAUCAGCCGAACGACUAGAUGAGUACAGACGUCUUACUCCCGAAGCUCCAUGGAGGUCAAAUUGCAGUCCAGACCCGCGCUGGCCCGAGUCGGGUGCCGUGUCCUUCAAAUCUUAUUCGACACGAUACCGGGAAGGCCUCGAUCUGGUUCUGAGGGACGUUGACCUUGACGUUGGCCCCGGUGAGAAAAUAGGAAUUGUAGGGCGAACGGGUGCAGGAAAAUCAACCAUUACCUUAAGCCUUUUCCGUAUUGUAGAGGCAGCGUCAGGCAAGAUUGUAGUGGAUGACGUGGACAUUGCGACCUUAGGGCUACAUGACCUACGUUCCAGGAUAACCAUUAUACCACAGGACCCGGUUUUAUUCCACGGCACUCUACGGUUUAACCUUGACCCUGCCGGGCAGCAUGAAGCUGAAGAACUCUGGUCGGCACUGGACAGAUCUCACCUCGGGGACGUCUUCAGGAAAAGUGGUGGUCUAGACUUCGAAGUCGCAGAAGGUGGACUCAAUCUCAGUGUGGGACAGAGGCAGCUGGUCUGUCUCGCGAGGGCUGUGUUGAGAAAGACAAAGAUACUUGUCCUGGACGAAGCUACUGCGUCAGUGGACAUGAAGACAGACGUGCUUGUUCAGCAGACAUUGAGAGACGUGAUGAGCGAGUGUACUGUUCUAACUGUUGCUCACCGGCUUCACACAGUUCUCACGGCAGAUCGGGUUGUUGUGAUGGAGCAAGGAAAAGUUGUUGAAGUGGGUAGUCCGACAGAACUUUUGUAUGAUUCGACGUCAUUGUUCUAUGCUAUGGCUCGUGAAGCAGGAGUUGUAUUUCCCGGCGUCAACAUGUAACCGAGACCGACUGUCUUUUAAGCAUUUCAAAUAGGCGUGAUAUUUGAGUGCAAUUAAACAAACCUUGCUGGUGUU